AUGGCGGUGGCGUCGCCAAUACGGAAGUUCGUCAAGUUCGUCUGGGGAGACUGGCAGACGAAUGAACUAUGGCAGCGAAUCCUCAAGACCUCCCUCGCCUGUGUCAUAGCAUUAUCUUUUGCUGUGAUCCCUGAGCUCGGGGCUGUCUAUGGCUUGAAUACCUAUCUUAUACCCAUGGUCACAGUGUUUGCCCACCCUGGCCAGAGAAUGGGCAAAGUUAUCGAGUCUCUGGUCAUGGCCUUGUUGGGAUCACUGCUGGGACUGGGCUGGUCGCUUCUCGGUCUUUUCCUCUCGACUCUAGCUAUUGGCCAAAAUCCAAGCGCGGCUUCAGCAAUCCGGGCAAUAUUCAUGCUUGUCUCAGUGCUCACGCAUGGCUAUGUCCGCUCCCAAACCCCUCGUCUUUUCGCCUUGGUAUGGUUCGAGCUCAUUUCAUCUGCGACUAUCCUCCUCGGGAGUAUCACACAGGUCACUGUCAAAGCCUUUACCAGCGUAUACUAUCCAAUCCUCACGGGUUCAGCUAUCGUGCUUUUUGUAAACUUGUGCAUUUUCCCCGAGCAUGCAACAAGUUAUCUAGGAGCUUCAACUAUCAACACAUUGUCAGAGUCAAUGGACACUCUCGAACGAGCCUCCCACUGGUUCGUGACCCCAGGGGGUGAUUCUGAUGAGGCGAGAGAGAAGGCGGCGAAGAGUGUAGGUCAGGACGCCAAGAAGAAGACGGCGCUGGGCGAAUUCCUGGAUGAUUUCCCCAAUCCUUUUAAAUCUUCAAGCAGCGGAAAGACACCCCCGGCCGACAUAAAACUUACUACCAUGGCCAGUCUAAGCGCUAAAUCCUCCAAGCUCAGAGCGCAAGUGUCCCAGUGUAAAUCGGCACAAAACGAGGUCAAUUUCGAGUUUGCCGUCUCUCCCUUGGCCCCAAAAAGUCUGAAGUUGAUAAGCAAACGCGAAAUAUCCAGUCUUGUUCAAAACACCAUCACCUUGAUCGGUGCAUGUGAAAACAAGUUUGUGCUCCUCAGUAAUACCGAAAAUGCGGUGACGGAGGAAGGUUCUGAUUCAGACACUGAAUUAAACUUCAGUGAAUCUCUGGAUGAAGAAGCACUUGAUCCUAUCGCCACAAAAGAGCUUCAUGGUAUCCCCGAGGAUGAUGAUGAAGAUCGCGAUGAACAAAUCGGCAGCGUGAAGAGGUUGGACGAUGAUGACUUUGAACAGAUCAUCGAGGACGUGAAGCCCUUGAGAGAGAUUGAAUCGGCAAGUUCGGAGCUUUUAGAAUCCAUUUUGCGUCGGAUUCGUGAACCAGUGGAGGAUUUCGACAAGGGAAUUCGGGAAGCAACAGAUUUAUUGAUAGCAUGUCUUGCAUACUGCUACGAUGUGUCCAAACUCCCAUCAGGUGCCCCGACUCCGCAAGGUAUCCGGCUGGAAGAGAUUGAUAUUCGUAUCGACAGCUUUACAGAGGCCUUGGGGGCAUUCGAUACGAGAUGCCCAGAGGAGUUAAAGUUGGCUGCUAUUGACAGUUCAGGAAAGAACAUUGAUUUGAUGCCUAGGAUGGAAAUGUUUCUUGUCUCAUCAUUUCUAUUAGGGUAUCGCCAGGCCGCGACUCACGUCCUUGAAAUGCUCCGCCAUACUCAGGCACUCGUCGAAGAGAGACUAAAACGCAACAAUAGACCAAGAGUUUGGAUCCCUCACCACACCGACAUUCGACAGUGGCUCUAUACGUCUGGAGAAUCGGAUCCCAUGGUGCUCCCGGAAGCUGGCCGGAAAGAACUGCGUGAGAGCAAGUCGUCAAAAGAGGAUCCAGGAGAUGACUCCUCAGAUACUACUGUAGAAGAAGGUUUCCUUCCACGCCAGAGAGCGGACGAAGAGAACACAGUAGGAAAAUCUCAGGAAAAGGAGACCUCUUCAAAGCCUGAAUUGAAGUCAAAGGACUCUAGGAAAGAUGAUAAAACGUUGGUGGGAAAGGUCAGGGGCAAGCUUGCUGACGCACUGGAAUGGGCUCAACGGUCAGAGGAUGUCAAGUAUGCAAUCAAACUUGCCCUUGCUGUCUUCAUCGUGAGCUGGCCUUCGUUUGUCGCUUCCUGGAGAGGGUGGUACGCAGAGGUCCGAGGAAUAUGGGCCCCUCUACAACUCGUCCUUGUUUUCGAAGUGUCCAUAGGGACCUCGCUAUUUGUCUUCUUUAUACGACUGCUCGGCGUCAUUUUCGGCUGCGCAAUUGGCUUGCUAUCCUACGAAAUGGGCCGAGGUAACCGAGUUGCCAUGGUUGUUAUCCUCGUCUUAGGAGUAGUCCCGUCCGUUUACAUCCAACUUGGAACCAAAUAUGUAAAGGCUGGCAUGGUUUCAACUACAACAAUGUGCGUUGUGGCACUAGCUACAAUAAACCAGACUGGAACGGCCACAGAAAACUUCUACAAAAGACUUGUGGCUUUCCUUGUUGGCUCAGUUGUCGCAAUAUCUGUGGAGAUUUUUAUUCUUCCAGUACGAGCGAGGCAUCGUCUGGUGGACUCGCUCUCUUCCGCAGUUCGCCAGGUCCAGAUCAUGCAUGCUGCCGUCUGGGUCGGCAUUGACUCGCCUCAGGUGCCCAACUUUCGGUCCCAUCAACUGGAUUAUCGCUUCUCUCACGCGAGGGAGAAGGCGCAAACAGCAUUAGCGGCGGCAGAGAUGUUUCUUCCCUUUUGCCGCAAUGAACCACGGCUUAAAGGAAGCUUUAAGCCUCUUGAGCCGAUCUACAAAGAAAUCAUAUACGUCCUCCACCAGAUCAUAAACAGGAUGGACAAUGUUGUGGAUCUUCGAAAGGCAUACGGGUCAUCAGUCCUCGAGGAUCUGCACAUGGAAGUUUAUGCCUACCGAAGAAAUGUGGCAGCCAGCAAUACUUUGAUCCUAUUUUCAGUCCAGGAGGCCUUAACGGACUGGCUCCCGCUGCCACAAUUCUUGCCAUCGAGCCGUCUCGCCCAGGCUCGUCUGGUCAAUCAUGUACGCGAGACACUGGCAUCAGCCGAUCUAUCUCAUCAAGUGUCACCGUCUUUCAGUAAUAGUGGCGCAGAUGAUGUUGCUGUUGUAGACCAAGCGGAUUUGGAUGAGUAUACAGCAAGAAUCAUAACGGAGCGCAAGUUUCUCUCGUGGAACGCUAACGCGGCCGGCCACAUGGAGAUCAUCGAAUAUCUCGAGGAGCUCGUUGACCUCACAAAGUUGCUGGUCGGGGUGAAUGCAUUUCGGAGCGGCCUGCUGGAGAAGCCGAAAUACAAAGAUUACGUGCAGCAAACGAGGGCUGCCGAGGCGGAGCUGAGCAGGCUCGCGUCGCGGAGAAGUCGGCGCACGUCGAAGGCGACGGCUGAUGGACGGGCGGGUUCAUCGACAUUGGCGAGGGCCGCGGCCGUGGCUGCUUCGGUGCAAAAGUUCAGGCGGCGGACGCAGGAGCUGAAAAUGAGGAAGCAGGCAUCCGCUACGAGUAAUCCUCAGGAGGGUUCUGGAACACAGGCAGCGACUGGGGCGAGCAGACGAGAGGCUGUGGACACGGAGGGAGAUGCUAUCCCUAUGAGCUUGCGGAGAGUGAGAACGAGGAUUGAGCGGGAAAGCGUAGUGGUCAGACGAAGAGGUUUCUCAACAGGGGCCAUGUAA